AUGAUCCUUUCUCAAAAGAUAAAGAUCGCAUUGAUCCAAUUCAAAUCAUCCAAUCCAUCUAAACAACUAAACCUUCAAAAUGCACAAAAAUUCAUAGAAAAAGCCAUGAAGACUCAACCAGAUACAAAAUUAAUCGUUCUCCCAGAAUGUUUCAAUUCUCCCUAUUCCAUCACCAAAUUCAAAGAAUAUGCAGAACCUAUCAUUGCAACAGACCUCUCCCAAUCCCCCACAUGCACUUUCCUCUCCAAACUUGCUUCCCGUUUCCAAAUCAUCCUCAUUGGAGGCUCCAUCCCAGAAUGUGACCCAACCACAUCCAAGAUUUACAACACAUCCAUCAUAUUCAACGAACAAGGUCACCUCAUCGCAAAACACAGAAAGAUUCAUCUCUUUGACAUCGAUAUCCCCAACGGAAUCACAUUCAAAGAAUCAACAACUUUAUCCCCAGGCUCUCAACCAACAACAUUCUCCACUAAAUAUGGUCAAAUUGGACUCGGAAUCUGUUACGAUUUAAGAUUCCCUGAAUUAGCCAUGAUUGCCGCAAGAAAGGGCGCCUUUGCCAUGGUGUACCCUGGUGCAUUCAAUACGGUCACGGGCCCCAUGCAUUGGCAUUUAUUAGCUAGAAGUAGAGCCAUCGAUAAUGAGAAUUAUGUGGUGUUGUGUUCACCAGCUAGAAAUUUGGAGAGUGACUAUCAUGCGUAUGGUCAUUCGUUGGUGGUGGAUCCAAGAGGUAAUAUCAUUGCUGAAGCUGGCGAAGAUGAAGAAAUCGUCUUUGCUGAAUUGGAUCCCUCGGUUAUCGAACAAUUUAGAAAACAAGUCCCUAUUACUUUCCAAAGAAGAUUCGAUGUCUACCCUGAUGUCAGUAAAUAA